UGUGUUCUUGCCACAUCCUGGCUGUUCCUCAGCGAGGAUCAUGGGCAGAUCGACCGACUCCUUUUAGCGUAGUCUGUCUAGACUUGCUAUCAGAGUAAGAUGUCUGGUUUUGGCGAUGGUACUGGCCCAAAGAAUGAGAAGCAGGUCAGCCGUGGUGGCCUUGGAGCCCCUUGGGAACCUGGACUAGCCUUGGAUUUGGGGCCAACGGGAAAUGAUGAGGGCCGAAGUCAAGGCCCAGACCAGGCAGAGGGCUGUCUCUCAAGCCUGCAGGCCAUCCCGUGGCAACUAGAGUUGGACUCUGGGUCAGAGCCAGAGCUGGAAGUGAUCCAGGCGGGAGUGGCCGGGCUUUGGGGCAAUGAGGAUCGGCCUAGCACUCCUGCCCCUAACAGGAAGGGUGCUGUAGCAUCCAUGUCCCGGUUCACUGAGGGGUGUGCAGACAUUGUGCAGCCACUGAGCCACACAGGUUUCCAGGCCAUGCGCAGAUUCCAGAGCAUAGAAAGCCGCGCCACCCAAGCGGCCGCCAUUAGGGCGCACGUUGAGGCAGGACCCGGUGGUAGAGGCGCGCUGGGCUGGAGCUGUGUGGAGUCGAUGCAGGCUUGUGCUGCCCCACGGCACGUGAAUGCUCCCGGGAAAGAAGGCCGCGGCCGGCGCCAUAGUAAGAGAAGAGCUGCCAGACGUCGUUCGAGCACCAACACUGAUGACCAGCGCACCUGUGGUGAAGGCCUGGCAGGGCUGCCUCCGGACACCGAGUCCUCCGAUGAUCUUAGGGACAUGCAGCUCAGGGGGGCGGGCAUUCAUCUGAAACGGGAUAGCCAGGCCAAGUGUAGUAAUCUAGCGCAACCAGCAGAGAGCCCCAGACGCUUGAUGUUUCAUCGCAGGGAGACUUUCCCUCACAUUUCAGGCCCUGUCUUGACCUCUACUGUCUGGGGUCUCACUUGCGCCAUGGAAAGGCAGGUCCUGGGCGAGUCAAUGCCCUCUUCCUCAACUUCCUCAAAGAAAAUGCAGAAGGGAGGGGGCAGGCCUAGAUUCCCAAGGGGUGAUGCUGCUGCUACUGGUGGUGGUACAGAGGUCCUUCCUCAGGCCAGUCCUAGGAGGCAGUCGUCACAGGAGAAGAAAUCCCCAGGGAAUGCCCCUGGAGUUGUGCUGGGGACAAUCUUUUCACCAUGGGGCAAGAGACAAGCUGCAGCUCCCAUUGAUCCAGCCACUAUCCCUCCAGUGUCUGGUAUUUCACUGCUUAGGAAGUCCAGCACAUCUUCUUCGCUCCCUUGGGAACCCAAACAGUCUAAGCAGGGCUGUGCUGGGAAGAAAUCUGGGGCCAGGAGGAAGUCCCAGUCUGUGGAUGCAGGAGAGUUUGACCCAAAUAGAAGUCCAGAACAAAGGGCCUACCUUCCAGCUCGCAGGUCAGGGAGGCCUUGUUGGUAUGUACCUCAUGGAGAAUUCAGCACUGGGGACUCUGACACCCAAGAUCCACAAGUCGCAGCAAAUUUUCAGCCUUUAUCCCCAAGCCAGGGAGGUGCCACAUCUAGAGGUCCUACAAUCUCUGGUGAACAGGAGCCACCUGUCCCUCUUCAGAGACCAGAAAUGGAGCAGUUACCACCUGGAAUCGAGGGCUGUCCUCGGUGUGCCGUGCUACAGCAGGAAAUAGAAGACCUUAGAGAAGAAAUAGAAGACGCUACCACAUUGCUGAUACAGUCCUUCAUAGAGAAGUUCCAGGGGCUAUGAAGUUGAACUGAACAUCUUCUACCAGACAAGAUAUCAGUGGACCCCAGGAGCUGCGUUCCAGCUGCUUCCCUCCUCUUCCUCUUCACCAGAGCUUCUUUUUAUAAGAACGUUUUAUUGAAACACUGUGUACACAAUAAGAAAUACACAAAAUUGUAUAGAUAAAUGUGUUUUUAUUUUCUGAUUCCACUCACAAGCAACCCCCAAAUUUAUUAGAAAACAUUAGGAGUACCCCAAGAAUCUUCACUGUUCUCCCUCUACACUUUUUCUUUUAAUGUGAGAAAUUGUCAUUUACAUGGUAUGAUUCGGGGAAAAAAUAUUCAUAACUAUACCAAAGGAUAAGAUGUCAACACAAUUUUUUUUUGGUUUCUUCUGUGUAUUAACUACCACAGAUGAGAGAAAACCUAUGACAUUCUUCCUUUUGGAUCUGGUUUAUUUAGCUUAGCAUAAUCUUCAGUUGCAUCUGUUUUGUGUAUAUAUACCAUAUUUUUUCCUUUUUGUUUUUUAAAGAUUUAUGUAUUUAUUUGAAAGUCAGGGAGAGAGAAAGAGAGAGAGAGAGAGAUCCUCCAUCAGCUGGUUCACUCUCCAAACAGCCGCAAUGGCGGGGCCAAAGCCAGGAGCCAGGAGCUUUAUCCAGUCUUCCACAUGGGUGCAGAGGCUGAAGGACCUGGGUCAUCCUCCACUACUUUCCCAGGUCAUUAUCAGGGAGCUGGAUUGGAAGCGGAGCAGCCAGGACUUAAAUCGGUACCUAUAUGGGAUGAUGGCACUACAGGUGGCAGCUUUACCCACUACCAGCUCCUCUUUCUUUUUUUAAAGAUGUGUUUAUUUAUUUUGAAAGUCAGAGUUAAAGAGAGGGAAAGAGAGACAGAAUUUUCAAUCCACUAGUACACUACCCUGAUGAUUGCAAUGGUGUGGCUGAGCCAGUCGAAGCCUGGAGCCUGGAGCUUCAUCCAGAUCUCCUCUGUGGGUGGCAGGAGCCCAAACACUUGAGUCAUUAUCCACUGCUUUCCCUGUCCAUCAGCAAGGAGCUGGAUUGGAAGUGGAGCAUACGGGACAGAAACCAGGGCCCAUGUGGAAUGCCAGCAUUGCAGGUGGUGGCUUUACCCACUGUGCCACAAACCUGGCCCCCAUAUUUUCUUUAUCCAGUUAUCAGUUGAUGGACAUCUAAGUUGGUUCCAUAUCAUUGCUAUUGGGAAUGACCAUAAACAUGGAAGUGCAGGAAGCUCUUUGGUAUGCUGAUGUUACUUCAUUUGGAUAUAUUCCAAGAAAUGGGAUUGCUGGGUCAUAGGGUUGAUCUAUUUUGAGAAUUCUGAGUACUCUGCAUAGAAUCUUCCUUAAUAGUUGUUUGUUCCAGUUUUCAUUCCCAAUAAGAGUGUAUUAGGGGGGCCGGCACUGUGGUGUAACAGGUAAAGCUGACGCCUGCAGUGCUGGCAUCCCAUAUGGAGGCUGGUUUGAGUCCCGACUGCUCCACUUUCAAUCCAGCUCUCUGCUGUGGCCUGGGAAAGCAGUGGAAGAUGGCCCAAGUGCUUGGGCCCCUGCACUCACAUGGGAAACCUGAAAGAAGCUCCUGAUUCCUGUGUUUGGAUAGGCUCAGCUCCAGCCAUUGCAGCCAUUUGUGGAGUGAACCAGUGGAUAGAAGAUUUGUCUCUCUGUAUCUCCCUCUCUCCUUC